AGCCGGAGGAAGGGGCUUUGCCCAUGUGCGAGGCAGUGAUUUCGGGAGAGAGAGAGGGCGGGUGAAUCCCUUCAGAGUUGCAAGGAAGGCGAGAUCUUGGGUUCCUCUUCGGUGGAGGGACGGGGGACUCCCCUGGCUGGGUGUUGCACUUUCCUUCCCUCUCCGACCCGCGUGCACUCAGCGCCGAAGCCCCACUUCCGACCCGCUUUGGGUGCCUGCGAUCCCGGCUGCUCAGCGGGAAGGCAGCCGGCAAGUGGUCUAGCGGCGGCAGCAGCGGCGGCAAAGCCGGGAGCAAGAGAAUUUGAAAAAAAGACUCCCCUUCCCUCUCACAAGCUGAAGGGGAGGCAUUCGCGUUUCCCCAAAUGAGAAAGUCACAAGAAAUCAUGAAGUAGAAACUUUGGAAAGCUGCCACUGGAGAUGUUGCACAAAAACCUGGAAUCUUUUAGGAGUCUCCUCCCAGUCGGUGGAGGUUUGGGGAGCAGCUGAUACAGCCAGGAGGGCUCUUGCAAGGAUCCAAGGGGCCCCGGAGGAGCCGCACAGAGGGGGAGAGCGUGGCGAGAGAAUGAAGAAACCAACCGCCUGGGAGAAGCAUGAGGUGGCAGUGCGGCACUCAGCUUAGAGGGCUCCGGCCGGCGGCGGCCCCAUGGGCAACCCUGCUGGCACUGGGCCUCCCCGGUUGGGUGCUGGCUGUCUCGGCCACGGCCGCCGCCGUGGUCCCGGAGCAGCAUGUGCCCUUGGCCGGCCAGCCGCCCCUGGACUGGCUGCUCACAGACCGGGGCCCCUUCCACCGCGCGCAGGAGUACGCUGACUUCGUGGAACGGUACCGCCAGGGGUUCACCACCAGGUACAGGAUCUACAGGGAGUUUGCCCGUUGGAAAGUGAACAGCUUGGUUCUGGAAAGGAAGGACUUCUUCGGUUUGCCACUGCCUCUAGCCCCAGAGUUCAUUCGGAACAUCCGCCUCCUGGGAAGGAGACCCAACCUGCAACAGGUGACUGAAAACCUGAUCAAAAAGUACGGCACUCACUUCUUACUUUCCGCCACCCUUGGAGGAGAAGAGUCCCUGACUAUUUUUGUGGACAAGCGGAAACUGAGCCGAAAGACAGAGACCGCAGGAAGUGCCCCCACCGUCGGGGGCAGUGGGAACAGCUCGGCCGUGUCCCUGGAGACCCUGCAUCAGCUGGCAGCCUCUUACUUCAUCGACAGAGAGAGCACUCUGCGACGGCUGCACCACAUCCAGAUAGCCACAGGCGCCAUCAAGGUCACGGAGACCAGGACCGGCCCUCUGGGCUGCAGCAACUACGACAACCUGGACUCGGUCAGUUCAGUCCUGGUGCAGAGUCCGGAGAACAAGGUGCAGCUGCUCGGCCUGCAGGUGCUGCUGCCUGAGUACCUGCGUGAGCGCUUCGUGGCCGCGGCACUCAGCUACAUCACAUGCAGCUCAGAGGGCGAGCUCGUCUGCAGGGAGAAUGACUGUUGGUGCAACUGCAGCCCCACCUUCCCCGAGUGCAACUGUCCUGACGCCGACAUCCAGGCCAUGGAGGACAGCCUGCUGCAGAUCCAGGACUCCUGGGCCACGCACAACCGGCAGUUUGAGGAGUCAGAGGAAUUCCAGGCCCUGCUGAAAAGGCUGCCCGACGACAGGUUCCUGAACUCCACAGCCAUCUCCCAGUUCUGGGCCACGGACAGCAGCCUCCAGCACCGCUACCAGCAGAUGGGAGCCAGCCUGAAAGUGCUCUUCAAGAAGACCCAUCGGGUCGUCCGCCGGCUCUUCAACCUCUGCAAACGCUGCCAUCGGCAGCCUCGCUUCCGCCUGCCCAAGGAGAGGUCCUUGUCCUACUGGUGGAACCGAAUCCAGUCCUUCCUCUACUGUGGAGAGAGCACCUUCCCUGGCACCUUCCUGGAACAGAGCCACAGCUGCAGCUGCCCCUAUGACCAAUCUUCCUGCCAGGGCCCUAUCCCAUGUGCCUUGGGUGAAGGGCCUGCCUGUGCCCACUGUGCUCGGGACAACAGCACACGCUGUGGGGGCUGCAACCCGGGCUACGUGCUGGCACAAGGGUUGUGCCGGCCGGAGGUGGCUGAGUCCCUAGAAAACUUUCUGGGGCUGGAGACAGACCUGCAGGACCUGGAGCUGAAGUACCUGCUGCAGAAGUGGGACAGCCGCAUCGAGGUGCACUCCAUCUUCAUCAGCAAUGACAUGCGCCUGGGCAGCUGGUUCGACCCUUCCUGGAGGAAGCGCAUGCUGCUCACCCUGAAGAGCAACAAGUACAAGCCCGGGCUGGUGCACGUGAUGCUGGCCUUGUCCCUGCAGAUCUGCCUCACCAAGAACAGCACCCUGGAGCCCGUCAUGGCCAUCUACGUGAACCCCUUUGGGGGCAGCCACUCUGAGAGCUGGUUCAUGCCUGUGAACGAGGGCCGCUUCCCGAACUGGGAAAGGACUAACGUGGAUGCAGCGGGCCAGUGCCAAAACUGGACGAUCACCUUGGGAAACAGGUGGAAGAGCUUCUUUGAGACAGUCCAUGUUUACCUACGGAGCCGAAUCAAGUCCCUGGAUGACAGCUCCAACGAGACAAUCUACUACGAGCCCCUGGAGAUGACUGAUCCCUCCAAGAACUUGGGCUACAUGAAAAUCAACACGCUGCAGGUCUUCGGGUACAGCCUGCCCUUUGACCCAGAUGCUAUCCGGGACCUAAUCCUCCAGCUGGACUACCCGUACACUCAAGGCUCCCAGGACUCAGCCCUCUUGCAGCUCAUAGAGCUGCGGGACCGGGUAAACCAACUUUCUCCACCUGGCAAAGUCCGGCUGGACCUUUUCUCUUGCUUGCUCCGGCACCGGCUCAAGCUGGCCAACAACGAGGUGGGCAGGAUCCAGUCCUCCCUGCGGGCUUUCAAUUCCAAGCUGCCAAACCCCGUGGAGUAUGAGACAGGAAAACUGUGUAGCUAAUGGGGGGACCACUCCAGUGCUGGGUGGGGAGGAGUCCACGCCUGCAGGCCCUCACCAUGGUGCCAAUGAGGUGCUCCCUUGAGUUUUUCUGCACCCAGCAGAUGGGACCUCAGGGCUUGGACUGAAGCAGGCGGGGGAGUGAGAAACAGCCCCCACGCACAUGCACACACAGGCCGGGCACGUGCACACAGGUGCACACGCACACAUACUCCCUCGGGGAGGCUGCAGCCUAGCAGCCUCGCGUCUGUAAAGCCGGUGCUUUCUAAAAUGAACGCAGUUGAAGGAGAGGAGCCAAGGGAGAGAUUAUGAAAAAGAACCAGCCAACCCACGAAACAAACAUCCUUAAAAGUGAUUCGUAUCAUUCAAGGAAGCAGAGGGGACAAGAUGGGAGGGCUGGGUACGCCUCCCCUCGGUGGAGCCACUUUUGUAUUCUUUUUAACCAGAUUUCUUAAAAUGGUGGUGUUUCAAGAUUCCCCACGUCGGUUCCUCCUUUUUGUACUCUGCCUCCUCGGAGCCCUCCGGACACUGACCGCUCGUCAAGCCGGCUUCUGCUUAGGAAACAGGAAAGUGAUGCCCACUGGGGACACGCUGGGCGGCCGGUGGUCUUGUGCACCCUCCGCCCCCUGCCCUCCCUCCACCCCGCCCCCGGGCUUCCUCGGCAGCCUUGGUUUCAGGGUUCGGGGCCCUGGCUUGUUCCACGGGGCCCAGCCUCAUGGUCCAGCUGGAUCAUCCCUUUCCAACAGCCCUGAUCUGUCCAAGGAAGCAGCUCUGUCAAGUUGGAGAGACAUGAUGUAUAGGGAAGUGUUCUUUUUUAAAAACAGAAACAAAAAUAUUUAUUUUGUGAUUGUUUUCCUUGUCAAUCUGCUCCAGCCACAUG